AACAUGUUGCAAAAUACCAUCCAAACGUCAACGCAAAUGGUGUGUUGAGGUUUUUUUUAUUAAUGAAACACAUUAAAUUACUUACGUAUUUUCUAUUGAAAUCAUUAAAAACAUUAAGUGGCACCCAGGAUAUGUUUUUAAAAUUUAAGUAGCAAUGAAUGGGUUAACACAACAAUUGGACGUAGUUACACGAAAAGGAUCCAAUCCACAACCUGGUCAAAAAUGAGUUAAACAUACCAAACUGAUGCUUUAGCUUUAUGGUUUUAAUAUUUAUAUUAAAACCAUCGGCCAGUAAAAAAGACCCAAGCAAAAACAUGUGUUUAAUACAUUUUAUCAACCCCAGAACCAACCCACUUGUAUGGCACGUUAAUAAAAAAAAUCACCUUGAACAAUCCAACCUUCAUGGAUCAUGACCAGUAUUACCAACCGAUUAAGUAAAACGAAUCAAGGAGUUUGGAUUAUUUUUGCGUAAUUAAAAUUUUUUCAUCACCGAUACUUUAAUGAAAACACAAAAACGAUCCAGUGUGCUUGGAACUUUUUUCUGAAUACACUUACACCUAAAAAAAACAAUUAAAACAAUCCAGAAUGCAUGGAUCUUUUUCGAUAAAUGGAUUUUCGUUUAUUAUUCCAAUAAAUCUGUCAACGAUAAUGAUCCAAACUAUUUGGUGCAUUUUUAUUGAUUCCAAAAUCAAUUUAAAUCAUUCUGCGAAAACGAUCCAAGCCUAUUUGGGGCAGUCUCGCUGAUCAUGUAUACUUCGAUUCGUACUUUAUUUCUAAGUAAAUAAAAAACCAAAAUAAAUCAAAGAUUACUACUGACAGGUUAUUACCUAGUAGUAAUCUUUGAUUUAUUUUUUAAAUAGUAGUAAUUUAUUCAAAUUAAUGGUCACCCCACAUAAAUGGUAACACUGCAAAACAUUGAUUUCACAUUGUGCGUGUACGCUUUGUCGUGAUUGGACUUGUUCAUUACAAUUAGAUGUGUCUGUGACUAACUUUGUUGUAACUGAAAUGAAGAGGAUAGAUAGGAUUGUCUUAUGUGUUAGAUGAUCAAGGUAUUACAGGAGAUCUAGAGCCAGGUAAGUUUAAUUAUUUGAAUUUAUUUAUAACCUAAAAGUUAAAACGCUUACAGGUUGACUAUUGUUAUGUUAUAUUAUAACUAUUGUUGCUUGACAGGUGUGUAGCUUUUACACAAAAUCAAUAUUAAAAAGGCAGUAAUGUGUUUAUCGUUUUUUUUGUUUUAUAGCUGUGUUCGUUAUUUGACAGGUGAUAAUAAUGAGCUGAGAGUGAAUGCUCUAGAUAAGACAAUUGGUAACAGUAACAAAAAUGAAGCUGAAAGCUCUGUUUAUCUUAUAAAUGAUAAAGAGUCUCCGGCAGCUCCAAUAUUUUCUCCUUUGACGCCACUGAUAACAAAUAAAAAGAAGGCUGACAUUUUAGAUGAGAGUAAGUAUUAAGUGCUUACAUAAUUAUUUUUAUGAAUUCACGUUUUUGUUUCUUUUGACAAAGAGAUUACAUUGUUAUUCUAAAGAUGUUAAAAAUUAUGAGCUAACAGUGAAUGCUCUAGAUAUGACAAGUAAUGGUAAAAAAAUUAAGGCAUGAGUUUGUAGAAUGUUAAAAUUAUUGACACCUUCGCUGUAGUUGCAAACUUAAAUACGCUUUGCUUUGUUUUGCAGCUGAAAACUCUGUCUAUCUUUUAGAUGAUACAGUGUCUCCGGUAGCUCCAAUGUUUUCUCCUUUGACGCCACUGAUAACAAAUAAAAAGAAGACUGAAAUUUUCGAUGAGAGUAAGUAUUAAGUGCUUACAUAAUAAUUUUUAUGAAUUUACAUUUUUAUUACUUUUGGCAGUGAUUAUAUUUUUAUGCCUAAAUGUAUUUAUUUAUUUGACAGGUAGAGAGCAAGACUCGUCUCCUGUACAAAAUAUGUCUCCUAGCACAUUAGAGCUGUUCGAAACUUUAAGCGGAGCACAGACUCCGAUUCUACAAGUUACUGACAAUUAUUUAGACGAGGUAAAUAAUUUUGAAGAAAUAGUAAUUAAUAUUUCAAAUAAUGAACACCUUGCAGAAUAUUCUGGCUCAAUGAAUAAUGAAGAUGUUAUACGUGACUUCAGUUCUGAUACUGAUACAGAUUAUAUACCAGAUAGUAACUCAGACUCAUCUGAUGAUGAUAAUAAAGCAGUGAGAUCUAGGAAAAUCAGUGUUGCAGCUAUAGUCCACCGUGAUGAUACAAACAACAAAGGUGAUUUGACUACACAUCCAAAUGAUAUAAAUGUGACAUACACAUCUGAAGACUCAACUGUAAGAACUUUGCUAAAUGAAACUAUAGAAUGUAAUCCUGAUGAAAAUAUAGAAAUUACCAAUAAUGAUUCUAGUCCAGAUCAGAUUAUAACUUCACUUGGACGUCCAAAAAAAGGUCGAAAAAGGAAACAUCCAGAUUUUACUGUAGCUCAGGCCAAGACAAGAAAGUAUGUCAACAAAUGUUAUCUCACUAAGAAGAAGCUUGUUGAGCCAAAGGUGUUUAUCGACUACUCAUGCUCAUGUCAAAAGAAGUGCUACCAACUGGUUUCCACAGAGAAAAGACAGCACGAGUUUCAAAAAUUCGUCACUCUAGGAUCUUAUGAAGCUCAAGCAUUAUAUAUUUCUAAUACGGUAAAAGAAAAUACAAAAGCUAGGUCUUACACUGUGUUAAAGGAUAACAAGAGUGGUAAAAGAAAACCAAAAGAGUAUACACGGAUUUACUCUAUAAGUGGCAUAAAUGUUUGUCGAGACAUGUAUAUUAAUAACUUUCAAAUCACAACUAAAAAGGUUGACAUAAGUUUGAAAAAAAAUCGCAGUGGAAAUACCUUGCAGGACCAAAGAGGGAAGAAAGGUGGCGGUUGGAAUAAGACGAAAGAACAUGAAAUCGAAUUUAUCAAAAAUAUUAUCAGCAAAUUGCCACAAUACGACUCACAUUAUAGGAGGGAUCAAAAUAGUGGUUGCAAAUAUCUUAAACUGGGAAUGACUGUUCAAACUAUAUUCGAUUUAUAUUUAGAGGAAUUCAAUAAAAUUAAUACCGAUUCUGAAGCACCCGAAAAGCCAGUAUCGUUCUCGACGUCAAAGCGAAUAUUCUACAAUAAUUUCAAUCUUAGAUGUAAGAGCCUAAGAAAAGAUACAUGCAAUAAGUGCGACACUUUAUGUAUCAAAAUAAAAAAUUGUGCAUCAGAUGUUGAACGCAGAUAAUAUGUAGAAGAGAAAGAAGCACACUUGAAGAGAGCAGAAGAUUUAAUGAGAGCUAUGAAUGAUGAUAUGAUGCAAGCAAAAACCGACCAAAGUUUUGAGUGUCUCACAUUUGAUAUGGAGAAAACAUUACCUUUGCCCCGCAUCCCGACCAGUGUUGUCUUUUACAAACGACAACUUUGGUUUUACAACUGUUCAAUACACACAGGAUCAGAUAAUAUCGGUCAUUGUUACGUGAGGGUCGAGGGUGAAGCGGGCCGAGGGUCUCAGGAAGUAGGAUCUUGCAUUAUUAAUUACAUAAAAAAUAAACUGGACCCAAAAGUGCAGCAUCUUGUGCUCUGGAGCGAUUGCUGUGGCGGUCAAAACCGUAAUAUCAAAAUAAUCUUAAUGUUAAAAGUCGUUUUAGACACUCAUCCCACUUUGAAAACCGUAACCUUUAAAUAUUUGGAGUCGGGACAUACAUUUCUGCCUAACGAUGCUGACUUUUCGAAGAUAGAAACCAUGCUGAAAUAUCACGAAAGGAUCUAUACAGUAGAAGAAUAUAU